AUGGAAAUAUCAGAGCCAACGAAAGUUAUUUUCUACAUGAGCCGACUGUUCGGUCUCGCACCUUACGUUAUAAAGUGUACAACCAAAGGCCAAAGAGUGGAUUUCCGGCGUAAUGUGUUUUUCAUGGUUUACAGUUUAUUCUUGGUGUUUUGUUUAGCUGGGCUUACAUACAAGGGUAUCUUUUUCGACGUAACAUCGAAAAAGCCUAUACGAAUGAAAACCGCAACUUCUAAAGUGGUCACCAUUUUGGAUGUAUCCGUUGUAGUUUCGGCGUGUAUUUGCGGCGCAAUAAGUGGAUUAUUAGGCCAUCGGUUUGUUCUCGAACUAAAUCAACGACUAACUGAGGUUGAUGAUACUCUUGCUCUUUAUAGAAAAAAUCCUAUUUCUUCCAAAGUAAAACAAAAAGGAAUUCUUAUGCUAAGUCUAGUUAGCUUCAUCAUAAUCGGGGCACUUUCUUUAGACAUAUGGGUAUGGUAUAGGAUAGCUGACAAGAUAAAAAAUGAAUACAGCGAUUCGAGUACCAAUGUUUUGGGAUACAUACCAUUCUACUGCUUAUACUGCAUACUAAUGAUGUUUCAUGUGCAGUUUGCGCAAGCCGCUCUGGGUAUCGCCAGUCGAUAUCGCCAACUAAACAUAAUUUUAAUGGACAUGAUUUCCGAAUUUGAUAGAACAACUCAAAUAGAAAACCCUCCAAUAUCCAUAAUCAAUCGUGAUGCAAGGAAAAUCGUAUCGACGGACUUUACAAUUGAAACUGGCGUUAAAAAUGUACUACAUGGAUUUCCAAAACAGCGCAAAUGUUCCGAAUGUCGGGUAAUUACAGAUCUAGCAACAAUACACGCCUCACUUUCGUAUGCAAUUGUUCUCGUAUCCAAAACAUUUGGUAUUACAUUACUUGCAGUGUUGGGAUCUUGCCUGCUUCAUUUAGUGGCUACUUCAUACUUUUUGAUGGUAGAACUUGUUGGAGACAAAGAUGCUGUUUUUGCAUGGAUUCAGGCACUUUGGUUGUUCAUUCAUAUCUUUAGGUUCUUGCUCACAAUAGAACCAUGCCAUAUAACAAAUGUUGAGAGUCAAAGAACUAUAAUCAUCGUCAACAGCCUUAGACGUUCAUAUAAGGAACCCGACGUAACGGAAAGUAUUAACAUAUUUUGGCAACAGCUGGUUGGAACCAGUUUUUCAUUUUCGGCUUGUGGACUGUGCACAAUCGACAGACAUAUAAUAACUUCGUAUUGUGGAGCAAUAGCGACUUAUCUGGUCAUUUUAAUACAAUUCAAAGAAGCCGACGAUCAUGUCACAAUUUCAGGAAAAGCUUCUAUCUAAAAUCAAAAGAGUGCUCCCUGACCAUCUUCAUGUUCAACUAGCAAAAUUUAGAGUAUAAAUUUCUACAUUCUUUCUUCACUUCUAUGGUAGUAAAAAUCCGUCUCGACGAAAGCCAUGCUAACUAGGGCAACUAGGACUUUGCCAAUGCCUAAACGUAUUUCCUCUGGGGGCGUAACACAAAAAGUAUACAUUCGGUAUUUUGUAGCUUUCGCUCAAUUAACAUGCCGAGCAUCAUGAGCUCUCCCAAAGCACCUAUAAGUUAAUUAUAUGUUUCUGAUAUUAAUUGUAAGGCAACCUGCAAUUAUACACAUUGUUGUGUUCCACUAUAUCUCUCACAGCUAUCACCUACCUUCAACUGUCCCAAACCCAAGUUACACAUUUUAUAAUCGAAUACUCGUGCUUAUCAUAUGGAUCCACCAUGAUUUAUGAUUUCCAUGAUUACCAAACCAUGAUUUUAGACAAAUUUUGUUUUCUAUUAAUGGUGGUAGAAGAGCAAAAGGCUGGGAAACCGACAUAAGUAUGGAAACGAUAAAACCAAAACGGUGAGAAUCAGCACAGACUUUUCAAGUAAGUGAUGGUUAAAGCAACAGUGCGAGCUAGUUUUCGAUACGGUUUAUAUUAAAAAAAAAUCCUGAAAAAAUGAUUUUCUUCUUUGUCUUUUAAAACAUUC